AUGGCCGUUAGUAAUGAAUCAGCGAACAGCGACAAGGCUUCGCCGUCGCUGCUUUUAUACGGCAAACAAUUGUCUCCAGAAUGGAAAGCGAUUUCGACAACGGGUCAAAGGAUAUAUUUUGUCAAGUAAGUAUUCACAUAGACUGAUUUUAGAAUUCUGUAGUUGGGCAGAACUUUCUGGAAGCGAAAAAGUUAACGAGCUAUUUCUAAAGAAUCUAAUCACACGACCAGGUAUAAUCACAUUUUCCGAUUUCUUAUUUCAAUUAUAUUUACAGCAAUACUUAGUUUCGUUAAGAAAAUUACAAGGCGUAGCGAAUUUUUUUUUUCUGUGAGCGACAGAUAGUAUACAUUUGAUGGUUCCGUUGGUUAUUUUUAAUUUUAUACGCAUGUAUUCCUCGCUGAUAAUUCGUGCUCGAGAUUUACAUUACAACUUCGCUCCAUGUAAAUAGAUCACUUGUACUCUUAAGUCUUAACUUAAGCGCCUGUGUUUAUUGAAUAGAUACGACCCUUAGAUACACCGAAAUACUCUUCCAUAUCGAUGUUUGUCCGCUUAUUCACAUCUACUUCAACACACAGGAGUAAAAUUUAUAAUACAUGCGCUGACAACAAAUGGUUAAUUUUGAUUUGAUUCCAUUUUUACAGUCAGCGCACUCGAUCAUCGCACUGGUUUCCACCACCAGAAUUUUGGACGAGUAAACUUGGCCUUCCCUACGGUUGGGAAGCGGCUCUGGAUGACCACGACAGGAAAUACUAUAUAAAGUACGUAACCAAACCGUGAGAUGGUUAACUUAAACUUUUGUAUCUUUGAUUUAAACCACCCCGUUCGCAUCAUAUUUGCGGGGAAACGACAGGUGUAUUUAUAUUUGGGUAAACAUUGCGAGACAGAGUUUAUUGCAUUUGCCGCGUGAACGAAUAUAUAAUAGUCUUUGUUAUUUUGAACCGGUCUUCGCGUAGCUUUAAAUCGCAUUAACUUUUGAGCGAUAUGCAAGUGAUUUUAUAUUGUGUCGCGGUAAUUAAUCCAGGGUAAUCUUUAAGGAAAAUGCUAACUUCGAAUUAUCUUGCACGAACAGUGGAUUGGAACUCUGAGCCAAGUUCGAAUCUCCGAUCGAUGCGAUAAUACAUUAGAUUAUGUAAACUUCAGACACAGGCGCCAGAUUUCAUUUAGUUCCGAUAAAUAUUGUUUGAUGAGGCUACGAAUGUAAAUGUAGUUAUAUUGCAUUACUUUAAAGCGAGACGCAGUCAUCCGUGGAACACUGCCUCGGUUUCUAAUAUUAACAGAGACGAUUAUUGCUUUUGCGGUAAAACCGAAAGAAGUGAAUUUUACUUGUUUCCUCUCUGGUUUUUUUUGUAUUUAUUUUUUUGAAGAGGGGGGUGGGCUAGGGGAAUGGAAGCAGUAUUAUGAAGUGGGCUAUACAGGUCUCAUGAUCAAUGGGGAAGGGGAGGGUAGGUAAUUAUCAGAAAUAUGAUAAAUUGGCUAAAAGUGACUUAAAUUGACAGCAAUAGCAGGCAGCAGCUUGUACUGCUGAGUAAAAAAUCCACAAAAAAUUUUUUUUUCAAAUUUGAUAGCCUCUGACUCUUUUCAGAUUAUGCAGCUGUAGUAAUGAUGAUAGUAAUGGUAGUAACAAUGACAGCGAUGAAAUGAAAUACAAAGAAAAAAAAAGGAAAGAACAAAUUCCAUUAAAACGUGUGUAUUUUUCAUGGUGGUGUAAGAAAGGAGAUGAACUUUGUCCAUUUGUCUCACGAAAGAGUCACUUUUCGAUGUUGAUUGCGAUGUUUCAACUUAUGAGGACCUUUAAGGACUUAUGAGGACCUAUGACGGAACACCAUCGAACAACAGGAAUAAUGACAAGCUUGAAAUGCAACAAUAAUAGCGUACCAACGUGCUACAAAUAGCAACAUGUAAACAAUCAACCUCAUCGUUUGGUGAAGACUAGCAGUAUUGCAGUCAAAAUGUUGCGAUCAACAUCGAAGAGUGACUCUAUAGUGAGAACAACAAAGAAAUUUCAUCUCCUAACAAAAUUUAACAAGUAAUUUGUGUUUUUUUAUCAGUCAUGUGACAAGGGCAACAACUAGAGAAGACCCAAGAUCAGAGGCUGAUCAGGCAACUCAUGUUAAGAUGGUGAAUAUUUCUUCAUGCUUAAAUUUAAUCUAAACACAGUGUAAGAGCACUGUGUAAUUGCACAUGUAAGUGGGGGUGUGUUCAUUUUGUUAAAUUCAAAGGAGCAAGGAUGAUUGUCACUAAGGCAAAUAACAUCAAAAUGUCUCAUUUUCUAUAAUUACAAUUGAACGUGGGUUGAAUUUAAGAUCUCCAAAUUUUUUGAGUCCAGAGUUGCUCAAGAACAUUUUAAAAGCAGGGAACCACAAUGAUCUUAAAAUUAGAUUCCUGAAAUUUUUGUAAAUGUUUGAUUUUAUGUGAUCAAAGACAAGCCCCAUGAUAAUUACAGAAUAAUUUCACUCAAAACUUGCACCUUAGGUUUAAUAAUAUCAUGAUGUGUCUUCAAGGGUAAACCUGAAGGGUCUAGGAUGCUUAUACUAUAUAAUAUGCAGGUGCAAUUAAAUGUGUUAUUUUGUGUUUUGAUCAGACACUGCCUCAAGCUAGGAGAAUUGAGCUUGUGAGAGAUGCUAAAAUAGGUACAAUAAACUAAUUCAUGUUGCUUUAACAUUAUAGUGAGGGAUAAUUUGCUAUCAUGUGUGAUUUAAUUUGAUGGGGGGGGGGAGGGCAGUCAGAGGAAUGUGCAAGUAUAAAUCGAGUGCUUCCUCUAGGGCUGUUUUGUUAAGUUGUUCUUCAAAUCUGGUUGGUGAUUUUUGACUAGUUAAUCCCCUGAUUCCUUUCCAGAGUUAAGGCAGGGAGAAGGGAGUUGGGGGGGUGGUGGAGGGGGGGGGGUUGGGGUUAAGUUCCUAGGGUAGAGGCUCUUCCAAAAAUGUGAGAAGUGCUUGUUUGAUAUUAUGGCCCAGAGGUAGGAGGUGCUCAUUGAAGCACAAGUGUUUUUUCAAGGAGAUACAGCAUAUUGCAGGUAAUUUAGUGUUAACGCUCGAAAUGUCAGCUUUUUUACCCUUUACGGUGGCUAAUUUACAUUUUCAACUCAGUUGUUAACACUAAAUUACCUGCUAUACUCUGAUAAUUAAGUGAUUCAAUUUUAAUUUUUAGUAUUUUCUAGUUUGAAUACAUUAUGUGCAUUCUGGCCAUUAUUUUAGAAGUUAGAUUAAUCUAAAAUGAUUGUUUUGAUAUCUACAAGUCUUCUAGAAACAAUAGAACUGUACUCAGUUGGGUUAUGGCAAGGGAUAUUUUUGUCAAUCAUAAGUAAUAUUAGUAUCAAAUAUUUGUAUUAAAACUAAGAGAAAACAGCCCUCAACCUAGCAGUUAGAUUUGUUAUCAAGGGUGAUUGAAUUGUAGUACGUAGUACAAGCUAUUCACACAUUGUAGCUGUUAAAAGUUUGAGUCACAGCAAAGAAACUGUUUUGCUUAACCCUUUAACUCCUUGAAGUGAUUAACAAGUAACUUCUUCCUUUGGUAUCUAAACAUUAUCCAGCAAAAAGGUCAUGAGGAUAUUCAAACUUAUCAGAUUGAAGUUGUUAUCUCGAUCUGACACCAAACUCUCGUAACUUAUUUACAAGGAAAUGUUUAGAAGAUGGAGGGGCGAAUUGACAAUCAGAUCUUGGGAGUUAAAGGAUUAAUUGAAAGAUCGUGAAGAAAGCUAUGUCUCUUUCAUUCUUCAGGGUUUGGUUUUGUUGCUGGGAGUGAAAAGCCGGUCGUUAUACGCUCCGUUAUACCAAGUAAGUCAUGUUUUCCUUAUCGGUAUGUAGCCACUUAUUUCUUACUCUCGGAAGACUGGGUAGAGAGGCAUUGUGAGAGUGAGGUACUUUGUUCAGGAACACACCACGGAGACCCAGUCAUCUUUUGUACCGGGCCACUGCGUCUCAUCCUUCUGUAGAUGCUUAGCCAAGCUAAUGCUUUUUAAGGUUCACUUGAUAGCCUAAAGACUAAGCAACGCAGAUUGGUUAGACAUUGCGCGGGUAGCUCCACGGUUGCCAAUCUAAAAUUAUCAAGAUUUCACCAAAUCCUGUUUAAAUGAAUCCAGAACUAGAAUGGUGCAUGUUCCAUCGCGAUGUGAAUGGUGCUUGAUGGACGCUUGGAGUGUCCAAUUUUUAACAGAGUGUACUCAUAUUCUGGUCAAAAUAUUCUUAAGCACUCUGUUAACCCUUUGAAUCGCAAUUAACAUCUCCUUACAAUAAUCAAUUGUUAAGGUCACACAAAUAAAGGAAAUGAUUACAAACUAGAGAAGUUCUUGAUUGUUGAACAAAUUCUCCUUGUCAGCACCUUAGGAAAUGUAUAAGGAACUGUAUGGAGAAUAUGCAUACUGAUGUUAGGGUGUGAAAGGUUAAUGCUUUGAUGGCUGAUUUUGAUUUCCCAUUCUUUCAGAUGGCCCAUCCCACGACAAGCUUUUUGCCAAUGAUCAGAUUCUGAAGGUGAAUGGGAAAGACGUCAGAUCCGCUGCUCAAGCUGAUGUCAUCAGUCUUAUAAAGUAAGCUAUGCUAGCUUGUUUAUGAUGAGGAGGUGUUCUCAAACUUUUGUCUCGGAGGUGAAAUAAAGUAAUUAGAGAGACCACAGUUUAGUGAUGGCUCGGUCUAUUUGUUAGCUUGUCGUUAUGGAUGAAUAUUUUCUUUUAUCGGGCAAAGCUCUGCACAACAGCAACAAGUUGCCUUGGUCGCCCGAGCAUAUUUGGGUUUUCACUGAACGGAAGAACUACGAGUAUUUCGGAAAGUAGUGCAUGUACUCCCACUUGAUGCGAGACAUUGUCUAUUUUCCGCCUUUCCCCUGAAUAAUUCGCAGAUUUACCUGACAGUGUGUCAAUACUUUAUCACAAUCCUAUUUGGAGAGAGUUGCUGUGAGAGUCGUCUUACGUAUGUAAUAGUAGAAAAUGAUGAAGCCAACAGGAGCUCGCUCUAUAAAGCGUUUGGGCUUUUGUACCAGCGUCUACUUAAGUUUCGCCUUUAGGCUCCCGUGUGUCCCGAAAAUGAACCCCUUAAAUGCGUAUUGCAAGCAAACAGGAUAAAUGUUGGUGUCAUUCCAAGUUCCCGUUUUUGCACAUUUUGCAUUAAAAAUUAUAACAUCAGCUGAAGAUAUAGUUUUACGCUGUAAAACUGAGAGUACUUGUAAGGUUUUGGUGAUUACAUAUCUUGUUUGUGCAGAAGUGCGACUGAUCGCAUUGAAAUCGAAGUGGUGGCGAGUGAAGAUGUACAGGAUACCAAAAACCAGGUUUGUACGACUGAAGUAAAGAGGUAAAAGUAGAGUCUGUACUCGAGCCAAGCUACCCAUCCAGCUGGACCUUUUUCCGUUUUCCGUAGCAUGAAGCGAUAAGGAGUAUUACUACUCUACCUGGGAUGAGAUACUAUUCAAUCGCAAGGUUACCCGGCUUACUCCCAGGUGUAUUUCAUCAGGCUUCCUUGUCAAUUCACCGGUACCCAUUUAUACUACUGGGUGAGGGGAGGCUCCGUGAUGGAAGAGUAUUUCGCCUAAGAACAGAGCACAUCAACGCAGCCAGGUCUGGAGCCCAGACCUUUCGAUCCAGAGUCCAGUACACAAACCAUUAGGCCACAGUGUUUACUCGUUAUUUCCUAAUGUCUCAUCGUCAAAAUUGGUAAUCAAACCCAUGUUUGAAGCUGAAAAUGUCUGUGAACUCUAUAGUUUGUGAUGCAAAUCAAUUUUUAAACCUGUCUUCUUUAACUGCGCAGUUUGUUUUUUCAAAAUUGGCCAUUAAACCCAUGUUUGAAGCUGAAAAUGUCCGUGAACUCUAUAGUUUGUGAUGCAAAUUAAUUUUUAGAUCUGUCUUCUUUAACUGCGCAGUUUGUUUUUUAGCUAUUCAAGGUAACGCGAAAGUCUCGCGAAUUAAUUUAUAGCCUUCCUCUAUUUCUCAGCACAAUCGAAAGUCUUCACUCAUGAGUCGAACUACAAGAGAACGCCGUCGGUCAACUCCAGUCUCCGUACGUUUUGCGGAUGAGCCCGCGUUGGUGCAGGUCAUUGGUCCGAUGGAGCCAAUUCGAAGGGUGAGUUAAAUUCGUAUAGUUAAAAAAUUUAUUACAUUUUUAAAUUUUUUCCGUUCCAAAUUUCUUUAAAUUUUCUCUAAAAUUAUUGGGACAGUUAUAGUAAUUUUUUCCCGUUGAUGCACUUUGUAGGAUAUAUUGAAGGCCUUGUCGACAAUUUAGAAGUAUUUAGGAUGAAAGAGAAAACAAAAUCGUUAAGUAACUAGUUAACAUAAUUAUGCUUCUUUUUCGAAGCGAAAAUUAAAGAAGCCGUAUGCUUAAUUGCGUGAUCUGUGGUAAAGUUUCGCAAUAUUGUUGGAUAAGAGUUUUAGGUACUGACAAUUUUCUGAGCGAUUGAGCCAAUUGAGCCUGUAGAAAAAGUGACAGGUCAUUGUUCAUAGCCUGGGUGACUUGAGUUCAUUGUCUCAAGCCCCACAAGUUUCUACUCGUGGUUUCCUUAUUUUAGCCUCUUUUUUUUUGAUAGUCUUCAGUGCCACUCAUCCCGAAUGUGCUGAAAGUCUUCUUAGAAAAUGGCCAGACACGUUCCUUCCGUUACGACUCCGAUACAACUGUCGAGGUGGGUCUUCACAGCAACUUGAGACAAGUUUUUACAACCUUUAUUGGACUUGUAGCAACUUGAGAUAUAUAUUUUUUACAAUCUCCAUUGGACUCGCACAGCUAUCUUCAGCUCUUAAUGAUCUUUAAGUGGAAGUCUACGUUCUUACUUUCUACCUCUCUGGUCUUGCACGUGUAAGUCGGUAAUGUUUUUUUGUGGAGUUAUUGUAUCUAUGGUAUCUCCUAUAUUCAGAUUAGAAAUACUCCCUCUCGUUUAUGGGUGAUCUGUAUAGAAAACUCUUCGUCCUCCUAGCACGAAGUGUUAUAUGAUCUUAGUCUUAAAAGGGGAAAUUUCAGGCCUCAGUGGUUUUAAAGUUGCUUGUUUGUUCUCAUGCAGGAAAUAUUUAGCUCAUUUAGCUCAAAGCUCGAUAUAAAGUCAAUGGAACACUUCAGUUUGAUUCUCAGUGGCCCCAAGAAAGGACAAGUUUCGUACAUACAAAACUACGAGAAGAUCUCAGAGGUAAUGAAAAUUUUAUUGAAGUGAAUAUUUUACUUAUAAUUUCACUGCGUCAACAAGCCACGCGGACCAACUUUUUUCCGUGAAAUUCGACAACUCACAUUAUUUUUAGUGUAUUUUUUUUUUAUAUUUGGAUCAAGUGUACAUAUAGCGACAUAUAGCGUCUCAUGAAACCUAGAAUUUACUUCGUGUUGCAAAUUUAAUUUUGUUCUCUAACUAUUUUCCUUCAACAGAUUUAUACUAAUCGCAACUGCAGCAGUGUCAACUGCAUAUGCAAGCUUGUCAUCGCGUGAGUACAGAUUUGUACGUAUAUUCCAUUUUCACUGACAAACCCAACUUUUCAUAUGCAAGUAAUCUAUCGAACGGGACGCGUUUUGUAUUUUUGGUUUUGCUUAAUUUUUUUGUUUUCUAAAGGUACUUUUGUGGAUAUGCACUUGCAUGUAAGUACGUUACCAAUGUACCCAGAGGGACAGAGCAGUAAGACUUAUCGUGUGUGUAAUUUUUUUAAACAGAUUUGUUCCUAAAGAUAACGACGAACUACUGUCAGAAGAUCCAAACACCUUCGAAUAUCUUUAUGCCCAGGUGAGCUAUUUUGAGUUCAAGGCUUUAAAUGAUAAAGGAAGGGUAAAGACUUAAUUUAAUCUCAAAAGAACCUCGGAAAACUUACGACUUUUAAUCGCUACCAUUUCAAUUGCAUACGAAGAUUUAAUACUUUUAGCGUUUUAAGACUACAAAGAGUGAGACUGGUCCCAAAAUGUUUCCACUGGGGCCAUCUUGCAGGCCUUUGGGGCCGACUAUGUAACGAUUACCUGUAUCGUACCCCUAGGUAAGCAACAGAGUUGUAGAGGGUUUCUACGGCUUGGAUCUGAAGUACGACAUGGCCAUAAAACUGGCGGCGCUGCAAAUCCAACAGAAAGCAAUGGAAGCUGCCGCAGGAAGACCGAUGAAAAUAUCCGUUCGUCAGGUGGAAAAAGAAUUCGGUGGACUUGAGAAGUUCGUCGCGUCAGAUUUGUUAAACAAUAUGAAGGAAAAAGAAUUGCGAAAAACUCUUGAUCAGCAGAUCAAGCAGAACGAGACCCUUGCUUCACCAGGAGAGAGAUAUAUGAGCUCGCUGCAGUGCAAAUUACAUUAUCUCAACCUCGCAGUUGAAAUGUUUUCCUAUGGCGGGAGAUACUUUGAUGCUAAGCUCCUUGAUAAUGAGAACGAUGGACCCAGUCUAAAAAAGGUUUGUUGAAAGCUGUCGUUCAAUUCAGGUUAAAAGCUAGAAUGGUAAUAUGUGAUAAUUCGAUAACAGUUACCCUUUACGGUAUGAGUAUUAUUAUUCUAUCGCUCUUGUAGGUACAUUAAAUGCUCGUAAGAGCGAUAGAAACACGGCAACUUUCUGGUGCCUAUUCGUCGCAUCUGUUGCACGGUUGCAUUUUACAUUCCACCUCGUGUUGUAUGUGUUGUAAUAGCAAUCCCCAUUCUUGCUCAGGAUGAUUGUGUUUUCGAUUUACUCAAUAAAACGACGUGAAAGAAGGUCGCAAGAUCGUUUAGUGAAAACCAAGAUCCUAAAAGGAAAGAUUGCUGUGCAUGUUUUAGGUUUUGAUGUGUUUACAACUUUGCGUUGCAAAGUCAGUGCAUAAACAACAAGAGCUUUAAUCGAUAUCAAUUUUUUUGUCAUUGACUUUGUCGACGCAGGAUUUGUAGCUGAGGUAAUGCUUUUUGUCGGUUGAAAAGAAUGUAUAAGUUUGGGAGAAUUUUUAACAUACUUUAAUCGAUGUUCUUAUGCCAUUAAUUUAAGGCCAAGAAGCAACAUAUCACCGUUCUGAUCAACUUGAAGUAUGGAGUAAGUCAAGUCCUCAGAGGAAAAGUAAAUGUGGUAGGUAAAUCGCCUUUUGUUCCUCCUUUUUUUGUGUGUGUUUAUCUUUGUUUUGUUUUUUAUUUUUCCGCCCCGCUUUACUAUAUUUACUCUAAUGAACGAUCUAAAGCCUGGAUGAAAAUCGAAAAUCAAAAACGAUAUCAUCCAAUCAGAGCCCUGACAGCCGCCAACCGAGGUAUUGGAAUCCAAAUUUUAUUAGUUGCAAAUUAUGCACUUGAAAAUGUAAUUGUUUUGUGAUAACUGUCUGAUAUUUAACACAUAUUCAUUCAUAAGAAAUUAUUUCUUGGUUAUAAAUUUACUGUAGGAACCCAUUGCCCUAGCAGAUACAAGACAUUGAUUUGAAAUGCGCCUUUAUAGGUAUAAAGAUUCGGAUUUCAAUCCUUUAAAAUUUCUUAAGUCUUCAAAGACGACGGGCCCGUACGGCGAAUCAAAAUACACAUAACGAUUAAAAACACUCAGCGAUACUGCACGGCAAAACGUCUAAUAAGUUAUUUAUUAUCCAACUGCUCUUCUUUGAUUCUGCUGAGUCUUUCUGCUCAUUUCUCGUGAGGCGGGAAAAGCAAAGCGGAUAGAGAAGCGAAGCGCGUAGCCAACUGGUUUCACAGGCUUCUUUACGGUACAAAAUAACCAACUAUCUGAAUGACCGUACCGCGAUAUUGCAGGAUAUUUGUACAGGGCGUGAAAUUAACUUUUUUUUCUGAUAGCCACUUGGCUCCUAAAUUCUUCAAAGUGGUAGCCAAUUCAAAAAAAGUUGGUCGCCAUUUUCAAAGACAAACAAAGUCUUUCUUUACGCUGUCAGCGUUCUAGAUAGACCCUCCAAAAUUAAGUUAGGGAAAAGAUCUUUAACGUGCUACAAAGUGGACACUAGGAUGGAUGAUAUACAACGUUCAGGCUCAUCUAAAUCCAAGAUGGCGUCUAGUCAUCGAUCGAGAUGCAUGUGCUAAGUUUUGGAAACAAACUAAACGAGGAAGUUUGCCGCGGGUUUAUCUUUGCAAAUCUUUUUAGUUCACUAUAUCUCUUGGUAAGGUUAUGAUGAAACGUUCUAGUCGCCAAUUUGGCGACUAACUCAGGAUUUGGUCAUAAAAGUGAAAAAUUUAGUCGCAUUGGCGCCUGUAUUAAGACGCAAUUUCACGCCCUGAAGCUUGUUCUGCCUGAGUAUGGCCAACAUAUGUGAAUAACUCUCCUUACGAUCAACUUGACGACGAUCACUAACAUGACAACAAUAGGUUCAUCCGGUUGACGAAAUUUCAGGUAAAUAGUCGUGUAAAAAUAACAAGACUGAUCUACAUUUACAGUUGUGUCAGUUGGCUGAACUUCAAGAGAUAACAGGAUUCUCAAUUCGCCGUGAAGAAGACAACAAGCGGUUAUUACAGAUCAAGCUACAAGAGGGAAAGGUAAUACUCUUUUUAUAUUAUGCAUACAUUACAUUAAUUUGUCCGUCUUUCGUUUUCUGCGCGUAUUUGUUGUGCGCGAUUGAUUCUGCGAGUCUGACUUAAAUCAAGGCUUGUAAUAUUCGUCAAAUUGUCCUACUUAUUAACUUAUUUGAGUAAUUACUUUAAUCCUUUUCAGAAAUUACAACUGAUCUGUACCACCUUGGACUGCUUGGAUAUGAUUGCAUUAAUCACUGGUUACUACAAGGUGUAUGUCGACAAUACGAGUAACACACCGUUACCAGUAGAGAACGAAGAGACUUGGCCUUUCAGCUUCCGAAAGAGCUCCCCUCGUAAAGAUGGUAGGUCUCGGAAAACUCCAGAUCUAUUUUAUGAAAUGAAGAAAACAACAAAGAAAAUUAUGCUAACGAGUAGGCAAUCAAAUGGUUAAGGCCUGUCUGCACUAGCGGACAAAACUAGAAUUGUCUCGACAAAGUCAAGGAACAAAUUUUUAUCAGGACAAACAUUUGUCUAGUCUUUUGUAUCUGCAUUGAAAAUUUCAAAGCAGUCAAAUUCCGUUAACAGCCGAAAAUAACACGUUCGAGCGCCUGAUAUUUUCUUAGACCAGCUGGCAUAGUUCGCUAAUGGAUUCAAACUCCAAUUUACAGGACUCGUCCCAAGUCGUUUCAAAGUUGUAAUAUCAAUUAUAUCAACGAGUUUCACAACAAAAGAUAAUUAUCAAAUUCGUUGGUAGUAGCUUUUACGACAAAUGAUCGACAAAUUAAACGCGGUUUUGUUUAUUUAGUUGAUUACGUCCAGUUUUCCCCGGGACGAAUUUUGUCGGCGGUGCGACAUUUUACCUUAACAAUGUAAUAGCUUUUGCAGCAUUAGUAUCAGCAUAAGCAGGAGUAGAAUCAGUAGCAGUCGACAACGAACUAUAUCUAUUGUCUAAUUAGACUUAAUGAUGAACUUUAUAGACCAGCGUUAAAAUUUUGUUGACCUGUGCAUUUUUCUAACAAAAGGCGAGCGACUUACAAGUGUAAAGUAAGAGUAAAAUCUGUACUCGAGCCCAGUGGCUCUUCCCCCCCCAGCGAUGGAUGUGAUAUUAGUGUCCAGUAUCUCAUCAGGCAUCCUUGACAACUCGCCGGUAACCAUUUUUACCCCUGAACGGAGAAAGGCACUGUGAGAGUAUAGUGAUUUGCACAAGAACACGACACAUCGACCACACCCAGAGUCCAAAGCACUAACCUCUAGGCUGCCGCGUCCAGAUUUAUAGGUGUGGACUGACAGAUAUCUCAGUUUUUCUUCCGAAUUCUUGAGCUGAUGUCAAGAAAGGUUCAUUUUAUUUCAGUGUUGCUAAUGAAUUUCUUUUUUUUAAUUCGAUUUAAUCUACAGCGCCAGACUACUACUCAAGACAUCGAGUUGUCCCUGACGUGUGGUCUUAUCCUUCCCGCUUUCAAAUCUCAAGUGCCAUCAAAAAACCACAACUAGAAAAUUCUAAGCCUUUUACUGAGUACAAAGACGCUUUCAUUGACUUUUCAAGCUCCCCGCCUAGAUAUAAAGUUAAUGAAACUGCCAUUUCAGAAGAAUCCGAACCGGAGGACAUUGUGGUAUCGGAGAGUACAAGUCAGCGACAAAACGGUAAAAUAGACAUUGACCAUGGACAAGAAUCAGCCCAGCACGAUGCUUUAAAAACGGAGAGUGUAAAUAGUGGUGAAGAAGAUCUCAUUGAUAUACACGAGGAUGACAGUGCAGGUCUAGUUCUGUUGGAUAAAGAUCCCAAACUCUUGGAACCCGUUUCUUCUAUUUUGAAAUGUUCGCCGGAUGAGGAAAGUUUUGGUGCUCUAGUAACUGAUGCAGGUAGCAAAGCCUUUGAAACGGUUUCAAUAGAUCGCAGUGAUAGUUCCGACAAAUUGCAUCAUAGUCAGAUGAAUAACUCUACUCACGAUGAAAGAUUGUUUAUAGACGUUGAAGAGGGAAAUGAGGAGAUUUCGUCUGACACUGAGGACGACAAAGCUGAUGAAAAUGAGCUAGGUCCUUACCUUGAGUCUAGUGAGCGCAGUCUUUGUCACACAGACAUUAACCAAAACGUUCUUUGUGAUUACUCCUCUACAAAAAUUCCCUCGCUAGCAAACGACAGUAACAUUGUAAGGUCUGCUUUUUCAGAGCCCGACCCUUCUUUUGCUACAGAUCCUUUACGUGACCGAAGGCAAUCACCUUCAAAGGCCUUGGACUUCGACGAAAGUAAGUUCGACAAUACAGGAAUUGAUGUGGUAGAUUUCCAUGACAAAAAAACCUCUCAGGAGUCUGUUGAGCAAGGAAGUGCAUUAUCUUUACAACGGAAUGACUUAGAUAGUGAUGAAAAUGAACGUGGCGACGGUUACGAGAGGGAAGUACAAUCUAUAGAAAGCGUUCAGAGACUUGACGAGCUAGAAUUGAAGACUGGUUUAAGUUUGAAUAGCUACGAAUUCGCAGCUGGUAACGAAGACGAUCUAUUGGAUAGCAUAGACAGUCAUCAUAUCAGUUUGGAUUUUUCUGAGGAAAGCGAGGCAGAAACAGUUUCAACAACGUCAGAUGACGGUGAAUCUCUGUGGUCCUUAUUUCCACGAUACUUUCGGCCGAGUGGACACUUGAUGCACUCGAGUAAUAAUAGUGUGGAUUUCUCUUUGGCUGAAGAAGAUCAGUAUGAAGACGGUGAAAAUUCUGAAACCGAACGAGGAGUAGCACUGCUGAGCGUCAAGGUGCUAAGUGCGAGAGAUGAGAGUUCUCCGAACAUCGGUUCAAGGGAUAAUGAAACUGUCUUUCUCGAUAACUGCGACGAAUUGUCAACAGCCUCUUCUGAGAGUCUCGAAGAAACCUAUGAAGUAAAUGCCGAAAUACACUCCGAAAGCGAAGAAGUUAGUGAGGACAGCGGUUAUGUCAAUUCCAAAGAGAACGGUAAGAGUAGCCGGGGAGAAAUUCAUAACAAAGUUGAGGAAACUUCGUCUUCUUCUCCAAACAUUUCGAGGCAUGCGUGCCGAACGAAUAUCUGCGAGAUUUCUCCUGCCAAUUUUUCCAAUGAUGCAUUGUUGGUUGCUGAGACGAGGUAUACAUUGGAUUGCGACCAAUACACUGAAGAACAAUUUCUUGAGAAUUUCAAGUCCACCGAAAUGUUAAAAGGAAGCGAAGUUCCCAGCCACUUAAGUGAUGCGUUGGUUAAACAUACUAUUGUGGGAAAUGCAGAAAUUCUCUCGAACGAAAGUUUCUCACCUAAGAACUUGGACGAUAGGGGAACUUUUGUAGAUAGGAGCUACUCUCCUUCCGACUGGAUAAUUCCAUCCCCACCCACUCCAACGCCUGAGCUCCAGGAUACUGAUAUUCCCAUUGUUUCACCCCCUCCUCUUUCCACAACGCCAGACGGAGGUCGACUAGAUGAGGAGCUGAUGUGCCUAAUUGUCCCUCUCCCUCCCACUUCGGUCGAUAUUUUGCCGAAUAUUUCGGGAAUCAAGAUUGCGUCUCCCCCACCUUUGGACUUUAGUGACAGUGAGUUGGAGCGUUUGAUGGAUGAUUAUGAUGACGUAAAAUUUCUUUCUCUAACUGAUGACCACAAACUCGCCAAGACCAACGGUUUGGUGUCAAUUGAAAACUACGAUACUAAUUUCACUGAGGACAAGAAGCUUCAGGUAAAAAAGGUCGCAGCUGAUCUUCCAAUGACUCAGAAAGAAUCACCCGCCCUUUUGAGCAGAAAGGAAAGUAUUUAUAGUCCGGCAGAAAACCUUUCCAAAUCAAAUCAAUCUCGCGCCAAGAACUUUCCUUCAACUUUCACGUCUCAUAUAUUCGAGUCACAUGUUUCACCUGAUCCGCCCUCUGCCUGUGUCCCGUCGACCUUCUUUGAUUUGAAUACCAGAUUAAAAUGUGAUAAAGAUAGUCAAAAGCAGGACGAUGUUCUCGACAAGGGCAUCGUGAAAGGUUCGGAAAAUCUUGACAUUUCCAUGAGAAAUGAUAAAAGCAUAAAAACGGAACUUGGGGCGAGCCCCGCCUCCGAUCAAAGUACUCAGAAAAUUAUCGAGCAAUGCAGAAGAUUUCCCUCAAAGCAGAAGCCUCCGGUUCCUCCUAAACCUCGAAUCUUCCGGUCCUGGUCAGUUUCGGGUGAAAAAACAGUCAGUUUACCCAAAAAUCCAACUGACGGGAAAGCUUCGUGUAAGUUAUCAACCACUGGCGCUCGGUAUCCAGGAAAUGGACGUUUGGGAUCCAUAGCCAAUUUAUCUCCAGUUAAGAGUUCUAACAUGCCAGAGGUAACGUCUACGAAAAACAUUGAUCAUUCUUUACGCCAAGUGCUUCCGAGUUGUAACCAAACAAUCAUGGUGCAUUCGCAACAGAAAUCUUCUCCUCCAACAUCAAUCGGUCAAAAAGACGAUCCAAGCAAGACUGAGAUCAACCUCCGGCGUGAAAAGCUUAUUUCGAAGAAGAGUUUGUCAUUUACUUUCACAUCGCCAUACGUGCCUGCACCGUACUCAACGUCACGGAUGCAAAAUUUAACUUUGACAACGUCUCCAACGGAGAGGCUGCAUGGACUGACACGUUGCAAAGACAACAACAACUUUUGUGCGGGAAAUUCUUAUGGAGCAUCAGAAGGAAACUGUGUAAAUGCAGUACACUUUCAUGGGCCGAUUGUGAAGCCAGCAUCGCCUCUACACAAAUCUUGUAGAAAUUCAAGACACCCUAGCAGAAAUCUAUCUGAAGAUGACCCAGAAAGCACAUUCUUAAAGCAAAGAAACGAAAGCUCAGACCAGCACCAAGUAAACCCUGAGCAUCAUGAAGAAAAGUGCAACAGUACGUUCAGCCCAUCUCCUCUCCCUGAUAGUCCUCCACCACCAUUACCGAAGUCUUCUCCCCCAGCCACAAUUCCCUCGUUCGAUCUCGAAGAUUUUGACAAUGGCGAACCCUUAAUCGAGACAUUUUGCGAUGAUGCUCUGAACUAUAGCGUUGAAUCAAACACCAGUCCGGAUCUUACAUCUCUCAAUAAAGACUUGAAAUUUAAGCUCUCUUCCGACUCAAUAGAAAAAUCAAGAUCAGGCUACUUUGAGCGACGAGAUGGUGAUAGUGCGUUAUUUGCAUCUUUAACUUCAUCUUCACUUUGUCGAGAACGACGUUCCCUGAGUGAAGAUUGGUCUGCUCACAGUAAUUCUUUCUUUUUAAACGGUCGAACGAAACGACGCAGCGUUGCUUUCGAGGAGAGUUCUCAAUUGGAUGACGAUGUGGCUAAAGAUUCCUCGCACAAAUUGGAAGAAUUUCAAAUAAAAGCUUUUCGAGCGAAGAGUUACCAUGUUUGCGAGGAAGGCCUCUCGAAGGUGAACUUUUUAAUGAAUAGGUUGGAGUUGUGUUUGAACAAAACUGCAUUGAAUGCACAAACGAACGGCGAAAACAGAAACUGGCUGUUGAACUUUCAAAAUAAUGCAAGAUUCUUAGCAUGCGAUGUCAAGGUUAUUUCAUCGAGUAUCAAACGUGGAAGCCCUCAAGUAGUGUCAGCCGUUAAAACAUCUUUAGAUUCUCUUGAAAAGGUGGUUGAGUCAUGUGAGAAUACUUACUCGAUGCUAAACGAUACAUGCGAUGGGAAUGGCCGCCAUAUCGUUGCCAUGGUCAGAGAAGUGGUGGAACAAUAUCGUGACAUUUUGUGCACUGUCAAAGCUACCUCAUUUCAACAACCCGAUAACCCGGAUGUAGAAGUUCUGGUCAUAAAGACCAAUGCUCUCACAACAUUGAUUGAUUCAGUGAUUCGAGCCCUGAGAAGGCAUUAG